AUGGGUCCACAGACACCUGCGCAGCCUGUCAGCUUCAACAACGACGGUGGGCGGUUCGCCAUUCAGACGGCAGUGUACCAAAAUCAUGGUCAAACAAUCGUGAAUCAAACCUCGGCCGCCGAGCUUGAGCGACUGCCGCACGCCGCCGAAGCGCCCUUCAAUGCGUAUGUUAGGCAGCACGAGCCUUUCUGCCUUCCGGGUACACGAACAGCCCUCUUGAAAGAAAUUUACGAUUGGACCGAUGCACAAGACGAGCGAGGUGUAUACUGGUUGAGCGGCCUGGCUGGUUCUGGCAAGUCGACAAUCGCGCGGACUGUGGCUCGUAACACAAGCUCUGUUGUUUUGGUUAUCGAUGCGCUGGACGAGUGCGAUGACAAUAACGAUAUCGGGAGGAUCGUCAAGCUGUUGAUCGAAGCCCGGGACCUGAGCGGACUACGACUCCGAAUAUUCCUGACGAGCAGGUUUGAAACAGCAAUUCGGCACGGUUUCAACCGUGUGUCGAAUGCACUGCUUCAGCGCUACGUGCUACAUCGCAUAUCGCCCGACAUAGUCGACGCUGACAUAUCGCUCUUCCUGGAGCAGAACCUCAUGGCUGUUGGCCAGCAACAAUACCUACCUGCGGACUGGCUCAGUCCAGAGACCGUCGCGACUAUAACAAAGAAGGCUCACGGUCUCUUCAUCUGGGCGGCGACAGCGUAUAGAUUCAUCCAACAAGGAAGGCGGUUCGCGAUUCAAAGACUGGAAUCGAUCAUGAAACAGGACGGCGACAGUCCCGUCGGUCCCGAAAUUCAGGACUUGAUGAUACGAUACUUUGAACAAGACGAAUGGAAAAACAGGACAGCCAGAUCAAAACUUAGGGACAAGGUGUAUAACAAGAGGCGUUGUCCUCUGGGAAUGGAGUACGCAUGCCGUAACUGGAUUCGGCACCUGAAACGCAGCGGUUUCAAUAUCCCUCCUAAAGACGGAAAAGCUCGUAGCUUUCUCGAUGAGCAUGCAAUCAACUGGGCAAUAAUGCUCACUCGUUGGGAUGAUGAUCCCGAGCGCAUUGGUCACAUCUAUGACCUCGAACAGCGCUUUUCUCAUAUGGAAACAGUAACACCCAACACACUGUGCCUCAAAUGGAUCCAAGCCGCCACCGUACCCCAGAUUCGCACCAAAAACCCUCUGAACGAAGUCGAAACCAAUGAGAGUGGAAAGCUGAAUCAUUCGUAG